AUGACCCUGAAGCCUAUCAUCCUUCACAACUACAACGCCACUCAUCGUUCAGAAGAUGCAACCAUUGAUCAGUACACUCUAGCUCCUGCGCCGUCGUCCAUACCUCCUUCUUACCAUCCUCUUUCUGACCUCGCCCAGUCCACAUCACUCUCCUACGUUCCCUCCCUCUCUUAUUUCUGCUUCAAGGCCCUAUUUGAGGGUCUAAUCACAGAUUCAGAGGCGCUUGUGGAUCUGGGGAAUGCAAGAGUGAGCUAUCGACGUGCCCGCGACAGACAUGACUUCGACAUCCUCCAAGCACUCUUCCCCACUUACCGGCCACUGUCACCAGAGGACCACUGUGAAGACUUCAAUCUUCGUCUCCUGGAUCCACGCGCAUGGGCAGGGCUCAUACAACUCAUAGAAGACCUUCCUCCUAUCUUCCGAGAGUAUACAAUCCCUCUCUCUGAUGUGCACCUCCCUCUCCUACAGACGAUUCCCAACACUCCACACUUUUCCCUCGUCACCGUGUUGUCGUUACCUCAGUGUCAUCAUUUGAAUGAUGAGACCAUAGUCGAACUUCGCGCCCUACACGCUCUAUCCGCCUUCGACGCGAGUGGAACCCUCGUCAGCUCCUUUGGCAUACGGCGACUCACGAAGACUGUCGUGUGGAGUGAAGAGCAUACUCCCGAGAGGCGAGGACCAUGGGGACUCCGCGCCCUCUUUCUCGUCAACUGCUUCCUCAUCGACAAGGAUGUGUUUGACUGCCUCCUUCGUCUACCUUUGCUCAGCAUCAUCGGUAAGUGUCCACGAAUGUUUUCAACUCUGCUGUCUUGA